CGGGCCGUUUAAGCGGCCUCCCUCCCGCCCCCAGCCGCCGGGUCUGCCCCUACCCCUGCCCGGAUCCCACCCCCGGCGUGGUCAUCUCUGGCUUUUCCCCUGCUGGGCACGCUUUGGCCUCCGGAGCAGCUCAUGCUCCUGAGGGCCGCGCGCCCCGCCGCCGGCACCGACGAGACGGAGCUCCGGGCCCCCGCGGAGGAGCGGAGGAUCAAUGCGGUUCCAGCAUCGCUUCCAGCGUUUCAUGAACCAUCCGGCCCCAGCGAAUGGCCGCUACAAACCAACUUGUUAUGAACAUGCCGCUAACUGUUACACACAUGCAUUCCUCAUUGUUCCGGCCAUUGUGGGCAGUGCCCUCCUGCAUCGGCUGUCUGAUGAUUGCUGGGAGAAGAUAACGGCAUGGAUUUAUGGAAUGGGCCUCUGUGCCCUCUUCAUCGUUUCCACAGUAUUCCACAUUAUAUCAUGGAAAAAGAGCCACUUAAGGACAGUGGAGCACUGUUUUCACAUGUGUGACAGGAUGGUUAUCUAUUUCUUCAUUGCUGCUUCUUAUGCUCCAUGGUUAAAUCUCCGUGAACUCGGACCCCUGGCAUCUCAUAUGCGUUGGUUUAUCUGGCUCAUGGCAGCUGGAGGAACCAUUUAUGUAUUUCUCUACCAUGAAAAGUAUAAAGUAGUUGAGCUCUUUUUCUAUCUCACUAUGGGGUUUUCUCCAGCCUUGGUGGUUACAUCAAUGAACAACACGGAUGGUCUUCAUGAACUGGCAUGUGGAGGCCUCAUUUAUUGCCUAGGAGUUGUGUUCUUCAAGAGCGAUGGCAUCAUUCCAUUUGCCCAUGCCAUCUGGCACCUGUUUGUGGCCACAGCGGCUGCAGUACAUUACUACGCCAUCUGGAAAUACCUUUACCGAAGUCCCACGGACUUCAGGCGGCAUCUAUGACCAUUCUGCUAGGUCUCCAAAGCAGUAUUAUCUUGGUUGUGCACUUAGGAGUGGGGUAAGAGCUUGGGAGAUUGCACUGAGGGGGAAAGAGAAAGAAGAAACUGCACUGACUUCAUUUAUAUUUUUUUAAUAUAAUUACUGUGAAAGUAUAUAUAAAGCUGUGUUCUGGAAUUUUCUCCCUCACAGCAAACAAAUAAGGUAAUGAAUUAACUAUUCAUUCCAUUCCACUAUCAUGAAGGAUUCUGGGUAGACUUGGCCAACUGAUGUUUACAAAUCAGGAUUUUGUAUUUUAAUUUUCCAGAUUUUACUAGAUGAUUUUUUUCUAAAUGACCAGGUCAGGUUGUAAACGUCAGUGCAAUAAACAAAACUUCCUUUUUAAGAGAACUUUUAAAAAGAUUAUUUCUAUCACUUUCUCGCUCAUUGUGUAAAAGAAUCACGGUCAGAACCUCACUACUUAUUACCAUGUUUCAUCUUGGCAUAACAUGGUUAUUUUUUAAAUAGAAACUUUAGGUUUUUGUAAAUUUUUAAAAACAAUUGUCAUUGAAGCGCAUCUCUGCGGUUUCCUUAUCCAUCCUGUGACUUCUUGCGACAAGCAAUUCAACAUUCCACAAAUGAAAAAACGUGAUACCUCUUCUGAUAGUUUUAUUAAGUGUGAAGAAAUUGCCAAUUUUUAAAAAUUGAAGUUUUCCAAACUUUUCUGCCAACCUCUUGACUCCAAAUUCAGUGCUGCUUUGGGCCGUCUAGUUGACCUAGCUUGGUUCAUCAGAGAUGGAGAGAUAUUUUGAUACCAUUAACUUUUGCAAAAGAUCCAAUUUUUUCUUUAGGCCUUCAUGGUCUCUUUCAGCACUGGGUGAGUGUCCUCUCUAUAUUACAGUAGUGUUUGGCUAUCCAUGGAAAGCUCCUUAAGAGUAUUAUGGAGUAGUAGUAAGUAGUUGAAUUGCCUGGUUUGGUGCCCAGAGCUUAAUGCCCAAUGUGAUUAAGUCACUGCCAUUUAGCUUUAUAGUAUCAAUUUGCUAUUUGUUUCAAAUUGUGAAACUAGAUGCAUUCAUUCACAUUUCUGCCUUUUCUUCUGUAUCUCCCAGUAUACUCUUAUUUUUCUUUCUUAGAAAAAUAUUGACAGGUAGAAACUCAUGUGUCUGGAGUCCAUGGGUUAUAUCAUGGCUCAGUGGAGUAAGAUAUAUAUACAUAUAUAUAUGUUAUUUUUCACUGUUAGUUUUCCCUCGAUGUCUUAUAUUAAGAUUGAUGUAUUAUUGCUUCAUUUGGUUAAUCUCUUGUUGGUGGUUUAUGGACUAAAAUAACCUUGCCUUUAGACCUGGUGCCCAUGUUGCCUGUUUCAUACUAAUGGGCUUGCUCAGUGGAAUUGCCUGAUGGAAAGCAAAGCUUAUGUAACAUAAAAGGAAAGUUCACUUUGUGUGCAUUUGUAGGCUGAUCUUGGAGAACUGUGGGGAAUGAGGAACGAAAGAACUGAUACUGCUGAACUGUUAAGUAGGCAAGGUACCAGUAAAUCACACCAAACAGACCACCUCCUUGUGCAUGCUUCUGACCACCUGGAUGCUGAUUGUUUCGCUGUGUAUAUUUUGUUCACAAUGUAUUAACUCUUGUGGAUUUAUUUAAAGUCUGCUCAAAAGUCAUACUGUUAAAGCCACUAAAAUGUAUAUAAAAAUGUGUGUGCUAUAGACUAGAAUAAAACGGUUACUUGGA